UGACCGAGCUGAACAGAUUGCAGCGGCUGGAUGGUCGGUCGACCGGAGGACGAGCCGGGUGCAAGGGGGAGAGAGGGGUGCAUGAGGGAAGGCAGCAUGCCCAUCUGCUGCAUCUGACCCAUUUGGUUCAUUUGCUGCAUUCCCUGCAUUCCCUGCAUCCCCUGAAGAGAGGACAUGCCCAUCAUGCCCAUCAUCCCUGCUGACCGGUUGGUUGGGCUCAUCUGCUGCCCCGUCUGCUGUCCAGGUUGACCAGGUAGAUGCUGUUGGGGUUGUUGCUGCUGCUGCUGUUGAUGUUGCUGCUGCUGCUGCUGCAUGCGCUGUAUAUAUUGCGUGAUAAUGACCUGACGCUGUUGAGGCGGCAUUUGUGCGAUCUGGGGGUGCAUAGCCAGCAACUGUGGUGGUAUGGAGAGACCCUGUUGAUGGGGUGAUGCCUGAGACGGGGGUUGGAAUGAUGUAGACAUCGUUCAAAUUGCCGUCGCGCUGUACUCAGAUCUCAACAAUAUUCCCACACACUAUUGCUCAUUCCAGCGUCGUCCAACAAAGUGCGAUCGAGUUCGAAUAGGGUUGCCAGAGAUACAACACUUGUUCUUUCGUUCACUGCAGACAGCAACUCAACAGAGUACACCUGUGCUUGAUAGUAAAGCAAAGGACGCGCAGAGUAAAUGCAGAGAUGACUCGAUAUUUCCACAGGGCAACAAA